AUGAACGCCAAGGCCCUUCUCGCUCUCCUGUUCGCCUCUGCGGCGAUGGCCACUCCGUUGGAAUCGACCAACAACGGUCUUCUGGGCCGCGAGCCUCUUCCUCAAGGAAACUGCUGCUCUUACAUUCCCGGAACAUGCAACUGCGGCUGCUGCUCGGGUGGACCCUGCGCUACCGACAAUGACCCCAAUGCUACGUGCCCGUAA